UCGCUCUACGAACUUUUAUUCUUCUCCGUGUGCGAUCGCGCUGUCAAGCGCAUCUGAACGUGAGUAAAAUUCGGUCCCAAACGAAAACUUCACCGUCGGUUCAUCACUACACCAACAACAAGCAAUACUACGAGGUAACGGGAUCGCAGCAGCAUCCGCCGCAUAGCAACGGUAGUCAAUUCUCUUCGUCCAACAUUCCGGGAAAAAUAGAAAAAAUAGCGGUUCCGCCGUCGGUCGGGUUGCGGAGUGCAUAUCCUACUGCUGGUGCUUUGCCAACCUUCAAGACGGAAGACCCGAGGCAAACGGGGGCAGAGUCUCGCGCCACGGGGAGGGAAAAUCCAGUCCCCCCCGCUAGCCGACGCUGGGUCCCUCCAUCCCAUACACCGCAACAUGGACUCACCGAAGAGACCAGAAUUGAUUCGAUUUUUCGAAAAGUUCGUGGUAUUCUAAACAAACUUACCCCAGAGAAAUUCCAGAAGCUUAGUGAUGAACUGCUUAAACUAGACCUUAACUCGUCGAAAAUUUUGAACGGUGUAAUUCUGCUGAUCUUCGACAAGGCUUUAGAUGAACCGAAGUACUCGUCUAUGUACGCACAGCUGUGCAAGCGUAUACAAAAAGAGCUAGAAACCGACAUCGACAAGAGCAAAUCUAGUACCUUCCUGCAAAUUCUGCUGAACGUUUGUCGCGACAAGUUCGAGAAUCGCGUCCAGUACAGUGAGAAGAUCAUCAAUUCGGAAAGCACGCUAACGGAUGAUGUGGAAGAGAAGAAAAAUGUCGCUAAACAAAAGAUAUUGGGCAAUGUUAAGUUUAUUGGCGAACUGUACAAGCUCGGCAUGCUGGUCGAGGUUCACCUGCACCAGAUGCUUCGCUCGCUGUUCACCAACAAGUCCAGCUCAUCGACGGAGAAGAACUGCGAGGACAUGGAAUGUUUGGCCCAGCUCAUUCGGACAUGCGGAAAGAAUUUGGAUACAGAGUUGGGAAAACAGCUGAUGGAUCAGUACUUCGAACGGAUUGAAAAGUACUCGCAGUCGCAGUCGAUGUUCCCUCCGCGCAUCCGUUUCAUAUUGCGCGAUCUGAUCGAACUGCGCAAUAACAACUGGACACCGCGGAAGGUGGCGUUGGUCGAGGGACCGGCCCCGAUACAGGAGCUCAGUCAUGACGAUGAUGUACUUCCGCCCGGGCUGAAUCACUUGCGAAAUCGGGACCGUGACUAUCGCAACAACGAUCGCAGUGAGCAACGCGAUUGGAUAGGCAAAUUUUCAUUUAAUUUGCAUAAUCUAAACGAUGGUUUCAAUUUACUUAGCGUAUCCAGUCCUUCACCGUUGCUUCCGUCAAGCUACAAUCAAUCGUCGAACGGGUACGGAAACCGCGAUCAUCGCGACAACGGAGGUGGUGGCGGAGGCGGUAGCAAUUAUCGCAUCCACAACAACCGAAACAACCAAGGCAUGUACGGCAACAACAACAUGCGCUACAACAAACAUAACAACCAUCAUCACCAAGGCAGCGGAGGAGGAGGAGGAGGUGGCGGUAUGCGAGAUAGUGGCAAUGGAUCUCAUGCAUCGGCCUAUGGCGGAAACUCGAACAUGAUGAUUAACAAGGACUUGGCACCUCGGUUCAAGCGCAAUUUGAUGACCCCGCCUCAGAAUCCGGUCGAGGAAUUGCAGAUGCGCCCUACACCGAACAGUCUGUUGUUCAAAGCGAAUAUGAACAUCAAACCCCAGCUGCCCAUACCUUCCACUAUCGGAGGCGGAAGCGGAGGAGGAAACGGUGGCAAUGGCAAGGGCAAUUUUAACGGACCACCAUUGAACGAGUUCCCUUCGCCAUUGACUACUAGAACGCUUCUCAGUGAGCAGCGCAAUGCCGGACAAAUCAACAGUAGUGCCUUUUCGGGAGGCAGUAGCAACAGCAUGAGCGGAAGUGGUGCAAACUUUGGUGGAACGGGUAGCUUGCCCUCAUCGGCGUCCUCAAACACAGCUUCACGUGGAGGAAUGCAAAGCGAUAGUAUGAUGGGUACAGGCAGAAGCUCCGGUGGCCAGCAACAGUUGUCUGCUAAUCAAAACAAUUCGUCGAAUAUGAUGAACCAUCGCCACCAGCACAUGUCACCUGGAAUGAACCCGCGACCGAUGGGUACAAACGACGGUGGCAACAUGCAUCUGAACAAGCUUCAUUCGGAUGUAAAUCAACAUCACCAUCAUCACCACUACCAAAACCAACAAAGCCCGCACACGCAGGCUGCUGAACAUCACCACCACCAUGGUGGCGGCGUUGGUGGUGGUGUCCGUGACAUGAACGGUGACAACAGGAUGAAUAAUAACCACCACCACGAACCAUCGCAUCGUCCGCACAAUGAGCAGUUAAACGCAGGAGGAGGUCUUUCGAACACGGUCAGUGGUAUCGGUGGCACCGUCAACAACGUUUCGAUCUUAAACGGCAGCAAAUUGAGUCAAAAGGAACAAGUGAUGAAACAAGCUUCUGCGGCGGACAAGGCCGAUAAGAAAAAGAAGGAAAAGGGUUUAAGCAAGGAGGAUCAUUUGAAGCGUGUCGCUGCAUUCGUCAGUGACGUCAUGCUAGAUAACAUCAAACAACAAAUCGAGGAAGACGAGCAGAAAGUCUCCGAAGCAGCAGAUGGGCAGGAUACUGCAAGGAACAACGGUAUCGAAACCAGCAAUGGUAAUGCUGCAGCCCCACCGGUAGCAGAAGUUGUUGUAGAAGUUGUUGACAACAAUGAAGGCAAAAUGGAAACUCCGCCACCGACACCGGCGGAUCCGAAUGAAAGCGAGCAGAUCGCUAAGAAAGUAUCGCUGAUUGAAAAUGCGGAAUUAAUAGAGCAAAAAUUGGCGGAACAGGACGAUCUGGCUGAAAAAGAAAAGAAAAUUGAAGAGAAUGAAAAUCGUGCCGCCGAUGAAAAGUUGGACAUUGGGUCAGAAACACAAAAGGACGAGAAUGACGAUUCGACCAAGUUGGUGGAGGAAAAUCAGCCACCACAAGAAGAGCAGCCAACUGCAGCUGCGGUCAGUGUUGUUGCUGGUGGCACGUCCGACGAAGCGAAGGAACUGGAAGAAAUGAAAACCGAUUCUUCUUUGCCAGUUGUUGAUGCUGUUGUUGUCAGCGCGUCGAACGCAACACCGCCAGAAUCGACCGAACAGUUGCCGGACGAAAAGCAAACGAUGCAGAAAUCGUCCCUGAUGGAACAACUGGUAAGCGCAUUCUGCGAGCUGAAAGUUCCGGAAAAGUUUAUGCGAGAAGCUAUGAUUACUAUUCUCAAUCAUGUGCUGGACCGCAAUGAUGCGUACCACGCGAAGACGAUUGAAUUUCUGCAGCUUCUCAACAAGGAAACGAAACUUUCGCACAGUGCUGCACUGGAAUCGUUUAAAUCGAUUGUAAAUGGAAUGAACGAGAAGGAGAAAACCAUUCCGAAAAUUACGACCAUCGUUGCGUCGCUGUUGGCGCGAGCCGUCGCCGGCAACCUCUGCAACCUGGCCGAUGUUGCAAACUUCACCGAAAACGGACAGCACUAUCCACUGUUUCUGCUCGUGCUGCAGCAUCUGCACAAGCAGAUUGGCAAACAACCGCUGCAGGAACUGUUCAACAAAAGCAAGGUGAACUUGAUGUCCAGCCUGCCAGAGUGCGAUCGUACGAAGGAUCGCAUGGCUGAAAUUCUGGAGGAUCGCAACCUUAACUUCCUGUACCCGUUGCUGCGCGUGCAAGCCGAACUGUGGAAGCAAAUCCAGUCGGACGCCAAUCCUCAGCAGUUUUACAAAUGGAUCAAGGAGAAUGUCGAACCCUCGUGCUACACAGAGCAAGGUUUUAUCGUAGCAAUUAUGACGGUUUUGCUGAAAUACAUUCAUCAGGAAUCAGAAAAUUUGAAGGAAGAUAAAAAACGCAUCGAGAAAGAAAAGGAAAUUUUAACCAAGUAUUGUCCAGUGCUGAACGCUUUCCUGAACGGUAAUAAUGAUCUGCAACUGACCGCUGUGUAUGCAAUUCAAGUUUUCUGGUACAAUAUUGGCUAUCCGAAAGGUGUUCUAUUACGGUGGUUCCAAGAGAUGUACGAAUUGAGCGUUAUCGAGGAGGACGCAUUCCUGCGGUACAAGGAAGACGUCACCGAUAUUUACCCCGGCAAGGGCAAGGCACUGUUUCAGGUUAACCAAUGGCUCACAUGGUUGGCCGAAGCGGAAGACGAAGAUGACGACGAAGAAGAUUAA